UUCACUUUCUCCUUUGUUCUCUUUAUUCUUGUGCGCGAAUUUCAAUUGCGUCCAUACAAAGCGUCGUCGAUAUCGCCUUUCGGCAAUCGGAUCUGCUCGAUUUUUGAUUUAUAACAAGUGAAGAGACAUCAUGAUUCUGAGUCAGCCUGAGAUCAGGGUCCUCGACGUCAAGUGCCAUAUCUCCUCUGCCAAAGAGCAGAACAGUUUUCGUGUUUCUGAGUCUGUGCGUGCUGAGAUUUCCGAUUCCGCUGAAACGCCUCGAUUCGAAUCGGGCAUGAGUUUUGCAACCACUACCAUUGAAGUUGAAGAGCCCACCAGUGAGUUUUUCCCAACUAUACGUUCAGGGAGCUUUGCUGACAUUCGAGGCCGAGAAACCAUGGAGGAUGAACACAUCUGCAUAGACGACUUAUCAGCUCAUUUUCGAUCCGUCAACUUCUCCUUACCAAGUGCUUUCUAUGGAGUGUUUGAUGGCCAUGGUGGACCUGAGGCAUCACUUUACAUGAAGGAGAACCUGGCAAGUCUGUUUUUCCAAGAUUCUGUUUUUCCAGAGAUGCCCUCCAGUGUGGACAACUUUUUCUUGCAAGAACUUGGGAACUCUCACCGAAAAGCUUUUGCUUUGGCUGAUCUCGCCAUGGCUGAUGAUAGCAUUGUCAGUGGUUCAUGUGGGACAACCGCCUUGACCGCUCUCAUUGUCGGACGACAUCUUCUUGUUGCUAAUGCUGGAGAUUGCCGUGCAGUGCUAUGCCGGAGAGGGGUGGCUGUUGACAUGUCUUUCGAUCACAGAUCAACAUACGAGCCAGAGCGUAGGCGGAUUGAAGACCUAGGAGGAUACUUUGAGGAUGGGUACCUCAACGGGGUCCUUGCUGUCACACGUGCCAUUGGAGACUGGGAACUGAAGAGUCCUUUCACUGGCUCCUCCUCACCUCUGAUAUCAGACCCAGAGAUUCAACAGAUUAUCCUAACAGAGGACGACGAGUUCUUGAUUUUGGCAUGUGAUGGAAUUUGGGACGUAUUGUCAAGCCAGAAUGCAGUGAGUAACGUAAGGCAAGGACUGAGGAGACACGGCGACCCGAGUCAAAGCGCAAUGGAACUUGGGAAAGAAGCAGCGAGGCUUAACUCAUCAGAUAAUAUGACGGUUGUGGUCAUCUGCUUCUCCUCGGUUCCUUCUUUACCUCAACAACCGCAGAGUAGGUUAAGGUUCUGUGUUUCUGAUGAAGCUCGAUCUCGGUUACAAGCUAUGCUUGGAGGCGACUGAAGCCAGUCUUUUUUUGGCAGUAUAUAUAUAAAGAGGGAUCGGUUUUAGACCGGUCCGGUGAUUAUUUCUCUAAAUUGUGAUUGGUUCCAGUGAGAUCAAAAUAAAAGACUUCGAGAGGAAAGGACAUGUUUGUAAUGUUGGUUGGUCAUUUUUAAUUCAUCUGUUUGCUAGGUUGUUUCAGAAGAGAGUGCUAGAGAAAAAGCAACCUGAAGUUUUGUUAUGACUAUUGGAAGCAGAAGCACCAAAUUGGUGAUGACUAUUUCAAGUUUUGAACUUUGUUCUUUUUGAGGAUUAGUGAUGUUCCCAUUGAUAUUUAAGGAAAUUUAUUUCCAGUAUUUGAAUUUGGAUUGGUGAUGAAUAUUCCAUUUUUUUUUUUGUUUUGAGGAUUUGUGAUGUACCCAUUAUUGUUUUAAGGAUUUUUAC